AUGUUUACACGAAACUGGUCAUACUGUUUGAAUUAGGCUGUAGCUGCUUAUUUUUAUUUUGUUUAGUAAUUUAAGAAAAACAUAAGUAUAAGAGAACAGUGUCUUAAUCAAAAUAAUUUUGAGACAGCAGGACGACACACAACAAAAAACAACAAGUACAAUAACGCUUUUGGCUUUGGUUCUGCACUUUUAACACUCCCUCAAACCCACCUUUCUGUACCUUCUCCUUCCAACGCCUCACACUUGAAUUGAGUCUGAAGAAAAUACACCCAAAAGCAAUGUCGGAUCUCUUUACCACUUUCGAUAGCAACGGCGUCGCCGAGCACCACCUGCACCACAACAGCAACAACCACACCACUCCACCCAUGGCCUCGCCCUCCCAGCACAGUCCGAUGACCAACAACAGCAACUCGUCCUCGCAGAACGGCGGUCCCAUUUCCGGUUUGGCCACGGGCACCCCAUCCGGUGGUAGCAAGUCAUCCAAUCACACAGCAUCCGCCGCAGGCUCCGAGAACACCCCCAUGUUAACCAAGCCGCGUCUCACGGAACUUGUGCGAGAGGUGGACACCACCACGCAACUAGACGAGGAUGUUGAGGAGCUCCUCCUCCAAAUCAUCGAUGACUUUGUCGAGGACACCGUAAAGUCAACGAGUGCCUUUGCCAAGCACCGGAAGUCCAACAAGAUCGAGGUUCGCGACGUGCAGUUGCAUUUUGAGCGGAAGUACAACAUGUGGAUACCCGGCUUCGGAACGGACGAACUUCGUCCUUAUAAGCGGGCAGCAGUCACGGAGGCGCACAAACAGCGUCUGGCUCUCAUCCGGAAGACGAUCAAAAAGUACUAGAAAAUCGGCGAAGGAAAGAUCGGAUCGAGGCUUGGUGACGGUUGGACGGAUUUCGUGCAUGCCACCCGCUCAUGCCACAAACUAUUUUAAGCUCCAAUGUAGACUAAAGAACAAAUUUACCCCGUUCUAUAUAGAAGUAAACGAAUAAAGUACACAUUUGAUUUUA